CACCAACAAAUUAUCAAAACAGUAAAUAUAUACACAUAAAACAUAAAAAAUGAAGUCGUAAAAAGAAUUAUAGAAAAAAUAUAAAAACGAAUGAACACACUAUUAAAACUUUAGAGGUUAUUAUACACCUAAAAAUUUCCAGUGAACUUAAUGGAUGAAGGAGUCAUUCCCUCUCAACCCACUCAACCCAAUACUACAUCAAAUUUUUUUCUUUUUUUUCUUCAUCUUUCCUAACCCACAACAUACGGAUUCCUAUCUUUUUCAACCCAUUCAAUUAAAAAAAUAUAAAAAAACUAAGGUACAAGUCUUAAUUAACAAUAAAGCUACCGGUGGUAUAUUCAAGAUACCACUCCCUCUUCAGUGGGUUGGUAGUGAUGGGUUGUUUAAUUGGUUUCACUAACCAGUUUAAUCCUCUCUGUCUACUUUCUUUCCCUCAUUUUCUCUUGUACCAUAUGUUUUAAGAUUUAUACCUUAGUUGUUAAAUAUAUAUUUUUAAUUGAGUGGAUUGAAAAAUAUAGAAUUUUCAUGUGUUGUGUGCUGAAAAAGAUGAUAUAAAAAAGAGGAAAAAAAAGCUGAUGUGAAAAUGAGCUUAAUGGGUUGGAGGGAAUGACUCCCUCCUCCCUAAGUAACCAAAAAAAUAAAGUUUAAUGAUAAUAGAUAACCAAAAAAGACAAAAUUGCAAAAAUGGUCCAUGUAGUUGGCAAAAUUAUGUGGUUUUGGUCCAAAAAAGUUUAGUGAUGCAUCAGUGGUCCAAUUUCGGAUACUUUGUGUGGUUUUGGUUCUUAUGGUUGGCAUUUUUGUGUGUUUGUGGUCCAUAACUCACCUGAAAUGACCAAUAUACCCUUAAAUAUUUAUUUUUUAAUUUAAUUUAAUUUAUUAUUAUUAUUUUAAUUAAAAGAAAAAAAAGAAAUUACCACCCCAACCCUACUCACUUACUCUUUCUUUUUCUCUCCCUUUCUUCUACCGGUGCUCGGAAACCACCACCUACACCACCACUACCGCCCUUGCUUGUGCAGCACCUCCCCCUAGCAAACUCCGGUGAUAAUGGAUUGCGACCCGAAUACAAACUCCAACGAUGUGACCCACUUCCCACCGUUCAUUCGUCUUCUCCGGUAGCGUCAUCGUAACGAAAUAUGUUCGUUUCCAGAUCUGCAAAUGAGACCGACGUACCGGAUCUGUUGUUUAAACAUGUCGAUCUACAGAUUUGUACCCGAGGAAGAAGAGAGACGUGUUGAACCUUUCAAAUCGAAGUCAUCAUCUUUAAAUCCUUCGAUUUUCCAGCGUUUCAGGUCUUUGUGGAUGGUGAAAAGAUGGUGCAGCUCGACGAAGCUUUUGGUUUGAUUUUUCCAGUGAGAUCUGGGAGGGAGAGGCAUCUGGUAUGGUUUUCCAGGAAAAAAAUUCCGAUGAACACUGGUUUGGUGGUCAGUGGUGAAGGGUUAUCAGGUUAAGGAAGGAGAGGUGUGGGCGAGGGAAAUGGAGGUGGUUGGUAGCGAAUGGUGGUGGGGAAUGGCGAUUGUGGCAGAAGAAAAGAGAAAGAGAGAUUAUGUAUGUGUGUGUGUGUUCUUGAGAGGAUGGCGGAGAACAACGAUGAUAGCAGGCGGAUCGUGAUGGUGAACGAUGAUGGUGGGAUAUGUUGGGUGUUCUGGGUGACAUCUGAUUACUCCAAAUAAAAAAGAAAGGGGAAAAAGUUGGCCCUAGUUAAAGCGGAUCCAAUUGAAUAAUCGAUUCCAGAUGUGGAAGUUCCCGCUUCCAAAUUUCUAAUCCGAUUGUGGAAAAACAUUUACCGCCAAUCUCUCUCUGUCUCUUUCUUCAACUUUUUCGUUGUGAAGCUCUUACACGGAGAGAGAGAGGAUGUUGGGGAGGGUAAGGGCGUGUUCUUUGAGCUCUCUGGAGGUGUUAGAAAUGGAGAGAACUCCUUCUAAGCUUCUCAAAGACGAUUCUCUCUCCAUCUAUGAGAAGACACUGCUGAAGCUACAACAAGGUUCUCAUCGUGAUCUAAGUUUAAUUCCUGAUGAAUCUAUGAACACUGAUACAAGUCCUUCAAUGGCUUCUAAUGAAGCAUCUAUGAAAGUGAAUGCUUCCAUGGACUCUCUUCCAAGCUCAAAAGAGGAGCCACAUGGGAAUUUGUCAGUCCUUUACAUGUUUUCAAGAUACAAAACUUCCCGACAUGACAAUCCAAACUCAUCAGAUGGUAGUAAUGCCAUGGAAAUGCAGAAUGAUUGCUCUUCAGCAAACACAUCACUAAGUAAUGAUUCUUAA